GUCAAUGAACUCAUGCAAACUUGACGAUUAACGCAGCUUCCACAAUCUCUCAUCUGCCCUUCCAUUGAACAAUUCCCACCGGCUACCUUUCCCUUUCGACCUUACACCUCCUCUGAAACAACCACUUCCAGCUACACGAUCCUCUCUCCUCUGAUCAUGUUCUCUAUCUCAUGACUGCCACUUUCCCACCUUUUGCUCUCUCAAACCACUUGAUCGGAUUCCGACAACCUUCCCUACGACUUAAUCAACAUGUCAGAUCCUAAAGCCUCAACAUCUAAACCUUCCGCCUCCACAUCGGGCCCCAGACCCAAGCCUCGCGCAGGUAUUCAGCGAAAAUCCAAAGCUGAACGCGAGGCAUUCGCCAGAGAAGAAGCAGAGCGGCAAAAGGCACGCCUCGCUGAAGCAGAGAGGAACGCUGCUGCCGCUGCGCGCGGUGGCCGUGGUGGUCGCGCCGGACGGGGCGGACGUGGAGGUGCGAGUACAGCUGACCACGGACGCGAUCAUCCUGUUGGUGGAAACAGCGUCUUCGGUGCAAGUACCGGUCUGAGGCCUCAGACCAACCGUCAUAAUGAGCCAGAGGGAUAUUCCGAGAGACUAGAAGGUCAGUCAACCAUAAAACCUGAUGAAUCUGGUGUGCAGGGGACGGAAGAAGGAACCUCAUCACGAGGCGGCGGUGGCGGAGGGGGAGGCGGCUUGGGAGGGGGAAGAGGAGCGACCAAGGAGCAGCAAUAUUACGAGACAAUCAGUGAUGAUGAGCCCCCAGAAAACCGUCGCCCGAUUGAAGACAUUGCCACAAUAACCUUGUCUAGUGACGAGGACGGGAGCGACGCCGAUGAUGAGGAACCUCUCGAUUCGAGACGCAAAGGAAAGCAGAAAGCAGAAAGCAAACCAGAAAGAUCAAACUUUGAGCUACGACCGAUUCUACCACGGAAGGAUCCUGAUCCCGAUGCGAAGAAGAAACGUGAGGCAGAAAAGAAGUCCCGUGGUAGCGCGAGGAAAAAGUUGGAAUCGGAUAUUCAAGAAGCAGACGCAGACGACACUGCUGGAGAUGCAAUGGACAUUGAUGAGCCGGUUCUUGUCAAAGAGCAGCCUUCAAGUCCUGAGAUGAGACGGCGCGGGCUCAAAAAACCCGGUGGCCGAGCGAGGGAGGCCAAGUUCGCAAACGAGACGAUCGAAGAGCGAGCAGAGCGUCUCCGCAUGAUGGGCGACGUGCAGAGACUUCGAAGGGUUUUUAAGCAGGUCGGAGUCAAGAGUGAAUCUCCAGCAGUCGGUGUUGCCGGGCGCGAAGACAGCAAGCAAACAGAUCAAAGUGACGACACCGGCAACGAGGAUAAGAGCGACCCGAAAGGAGAAUUGUUCUUGUUCCAACUCCCUCCGCUCACGCCAUUCCUGGUCGAUUCAGCCGGUAUCGAGACCGAGCCAGAGGUCAAGAAGGAGCCUGGAGCGACGGACGGACCAGCGACGACGUCGAACAACCCUCCUCCAGACGACGGCGACCAAGCCAAGAAAGAAGCCAACGACGACGAUGUUGUCCCAUCGCCGCGACCGAAGCUGCAAAUACCAGGGACCUUGACUGCCACGGAACCGACACGACUACCGGCCGGGUUGGUGGGCAAGUUGCGUCUCCACAAGUCCGGCAAAGUGAGCCUCGACUGGGGCGGCGCGGACAUGGAAGUGAGGUAUGGCACCAAGGUGGAUUUUCUACAGGAUGUUGUCAUGGUGGAGAGACGGCACAAGAACAAACCCGAGGUCGGCGAAACCGACGGCAGCGGUGUUGGCGAUGGUGGUGUCGAUGGUCUUGGGGAGAAGCAAGAGACCGACGGUGGUCUCGACGGCACGGCCUACACGUUGGGUCAUGUGAGACAGAAGAUGGUGUGUAUUCCGGAUUGGACGAGACUGUAUGAUUGAAAGCAACGGCGCCGGUGAUUGUCCUUGUCCAGGGGAGAAAUGAGAUUCUUCAAGGCCUAAUGAAUGCCUCGGAAAAAGGAGACGAGAAAGGAUGCAAUCAAGACAAAAGCACAUCUCAUCGGAGUGAUUUUGCGUCCUUUGUACAAGUACAACUACUGCAUCAAGAACUUUUUUUCCAAUGUGACAGUGGCAUAUUCUGAGGUGGCGACGGCGCCAAAAUGUUCACGUUCCCUUCACUCCGUUACCUGCCUGGAAUGAUAAAGACCUUGGUUUUCCUUCCCACUUUCUAUACUUUGAUACUAGAUACCAAACACCAAAAAGUACG